AUGACCGCCGACGUCAACCCCCUGCGCACCGUCGCCGCCAUCUCCCUCUUCACCGAGGACCUCGCCGCAUCCAAGGCCUUUUACACGGACGUCUUCGGCGCGCCCGUGCUGUUCGAGGACGCCGAGUCGUGCUCGGUGCGCUUCAACAAUGUCAUUGUCAAUCUGCUGCUCGCCAGCGCCGCCGGGGAGAUUGUCGGCGGCCAGCGGCUCGUCGCCGGGCCGGGCGCCGGCCACCGCUGCCAGCUGUCCGUCUGGGUCGCCGAUGUGGACGCCGAGGUGGCGCGGCUCAAGGCGCGCGGCGUCGAAAUCGUCCUCGGCCCGGAGACGAAGCCCUGGGGGAAGCGCAUCGCCGCGUUUCGCGACCCGGCCGGCCACAGCUGGGAGGUUGCGCAGGAUGUGUGA